CUUAAAGUUUGUAAAAUGAAGUGUCCAUUUCGCCAUAAUGACCGAUGGUAUCCCGCCGUUACUUGUUGUGGAGCUGCUGUUCCGUGCCAAGAACACGGUCGCACACCUAUCACACGUAGUCGAAGCCGUCUCUCUGUAUUUGGACUCCUCCGUCGAGCUGCCUCUGCAUAAGGCGUGCAAAUUCAACUCGCUCAAGCUUCUCAACCGCCUCUACGCCAGCAGCUCCAUCUUGCUCCAGCAAACCAAGAAUGAGACCGGUUACUACUGGAGUUUACGCACUUUAAUUCGUCGAGAAACGCAUUACCGCCAGUUUCAGUUCACGAAAUCGCUAAUGGAGGCGAUUCGUACCCAAAAUUUGGAAAUUAUCACGUGGAUAUGUACCAAGUUUCCAAGAAAGACAGUUACUCCAGAGGUUGUAGAGCUCGCUACUACUACAGGAUCGCUCCCUAUUCUACAAUACUUUUGUGACAAUGACAAUACUGUACUGGCAGACCGUAGAUUUGUAGCCAAGCGCAAUGUGGGGUUCCGAGUUGAGUGGGGAAGCCAGAUUUUGUCCGCUGCGAUCGCCAGUCAUCGCGGUGACAUUGUAUGGUGGCUGGAUAACACUGUUACUGCAUCAUUCGAUUGGAAUAAGGCUUUAACCACGGCAGUAAUUAGCGGAGAUAUCCUAAUGGCAGAAUGGUUAUUAUCUCAAGGAGCAAUGUGGUCGCGACGAUCUCGAGGACGUUGUAUGGCUCAUGACGUGGUGUCCCAGGGCCGAUUAGAUGUUCUACGGUGGCUAGAAAAUCGAGAUUGCCUUGAUGAUAUUGUGGGGCUAGUGGUUAUAGCAGCACAAUGCGGACAUUUAGAGAUUGUACGCUGGCUGAUUGACCGCGAUGUUGUAGAAGGUGGAGACCUUACACAUUUGGGUAAGGAAGCCAGUCUGGCGAUUCAUAUUGCUGCUGUGAAUGGGCAUUUGCAGGUUGCAAAGUAUCUUCGUAUCCGAGCUCAGAUACCUACGAGUGCAGUGGAGUGUGUCCUACAAAGAGCAGAACAGUCCACUCAGCUGCGAGAGUUGUCAGUGCAGUUAGAUACGAAGAACGAAGCUACCAGAGUGUCGUGGAAAACUGCAGCAAUUGCCGCAGGAAGGGGCCAUCUUGAUGUUGUGCGAUGGCUUUGUGAGGAAUACGCCGAUGGCCAAGAAGUCAAUUUAUUCGUGGAUUACAAAACUGAUAAAAAGAUUUCGGCUGCAAUGGACACUGCGGCAAGGAACGGACGUCUUGAAGUGUUGGAAUAUCUUCAUAACCUGCAGAAGUCGAUAGAUACACCUCUGAAAAAGCGUAAGCGUGAUGAAAUGAGUCCUCCGUCUCCGAUAUGCUCGAAGGCGGCAAUGGACGAAGCAGCUGCUAACGGACAUCUUAGUGUCGUUCAAUGGCUUCACGAGAAUAGGACGGAGGGCUGCUCCAUUGAAGCUGUGGAUGCUGCAGCUGCAGGAGGCCACCUUGAUGUGGUUCGAUGGCUCCAUGAACACCGGAAACAAGGAUGCACAACUGCAGCAAUGGACGGUGCUGCGCGCAAUGGCCAUCUAGAGAUGAUCCAAUGGCUGAACGACAAUACAAGUGCUGGAUGUACCACAGCUGCUAUGGAUCAUUCGGCCAUGAAUGGACAUAUCGCUGUAGUUAAGUGGCUACAUGAGCACCGCAAUGAAGAGUGCACUGUUGCAGCGAUGAAUGGAGCAGCAGCGAAUGGAUUUCUGAAUGUUGUGAAGUUCCUUCACUGCAACCGAACGGAAGGCUGCACCACUGCAGCGAUGGAUAACGCGGCAAAGGGAGGCCAUCUGCAAAUUGUACAAUGGCUUCACUGUCAUCGUGAAGAGGGCUGUACCAGAGCCGCUAUUGACAAUGCCGCUGCAUCUGGUCACUUCGAAGUGUUUCUCUUUUUACGCUAUGUAUGUUCGCAGACAUGCACUGUUAAGACGGUACAAGCAGCGUCAGGCAAGGGAUCACAGCAGAUUCUUGCGUGGAUUCGUGCCAACUACCGCGCUCUCCGAAACGUCAGACAACAAUGACAGUUUCCAGAGCACAAGAAAUUACCGGAGAUAAGAAGAAAAAAAAAACUUUGUACGUAAAAGUAUUAUUGAGUAUCACA